AUGGAUAAUUUCGAAAUAGUCGACUUCAACUCAUUGAGCGAAGUGGUGCGAAAUUUAAUUCGAGAAGCAUCAGAGAUACGUGAACGUGCUUAUUGUCCAUAUUCAAAUUUCGCGGUUGGGGCGGCCAUAUUGACCGAGAAAGAUAGUAAAGUGUACACUGGGUGUAAUAUUGAGAAUUCAACGUUCACGCCUAGUAUUUGUGCGGAAAGGUCAGCACUGCCGAAGGCGGUAUGUGACGGGUAUCUGAAGUUCAGGAUGGUUGCUGUUGUGGCGCACCAGAGGGACAGCUUCACCGCACCGUGUGGGGUCUGCCGACAGACCCUCAAUGAGUUCCGCGGCUCGGACGGCGAUAUGGACGUGUACCUGAGCAAGCCCACCAUGGACAAAGUAUUGUGCACUAAGCUGUCUAAAUUGUUACCACUCUCGUUUGUAAGUUACCAACGGGACAGCGUG